AUGGUUCAACAUCAACCUCAAUCUCAGAUGCAAACUAUGCUGCAUGCUCCAGUCUCACCUCCUGGUUUUAACACAUUGCCAGUUUCUGCUCAAACCACCUACUUAUCCAUACCUGCCAUUCCAUAUGGUUUUUCACCAAUCAAUGCCUAUACUAUUACUGAACCUAUACUCCCUAUCACUGGAUUCUAUGCUGGAAGGGGCAAUCCCAGAUUCAAUAAUGGUCAAGGAGGUAGAAUGAACAACUUUGGUGUCAAGAAUGGAGGUUUUGGUUUAAACAACUCAAGUUUCAAUAACUCAGGGUUCAACAAUGGUGGCAACUUUAAUGCUGCAGCUGGAGGAUUUGGUUUUAUCAACAACAAUACUAAUCAGGGAUUUAACAAUGGAGGAGGCAAAACUAAUGGUAAUCCAGUUGCAUGUCAACUUUGUGGAAAGAAUGGACAUGGUGCCAGGACCUGCAGAACACUCUCUAACUAUCCAGGAUUCAACAAUGGUCAGAACUUCAAUAAUAAUGGGGGCUGUCAAUUCUGUGGCAAGAUGAAUCAUACUGUAGAUAGAUGUUAUUACAUAAUUGGUUUUCCAAAUCAACAGCAACAUCAGAAUGAAGAUAAAGAGGUCACUGCCAUGCUUGCUGCAACCACCAAUACACCUCAAUUCUGGCUUGCUGAUACUAGUGCAACUAACCACAUGACAAGCAAUGCUCAAAUGCUCCACAACACUGUGCCCUAUACUGCUUCUGAUUCUGUGUAG